ACAUACACAUUACAUUUAAAUCUUUAUAAACUACAAAAACCCUUCUAACUUCUCACCACUUUUACUUAUUAUUGCUAGCUGUUGAUUGACUAAAUUUUACUGCCUUUAUUUCAAACUUCUGCAUUUGGCCUUCUUAAUCCCACUCCAUUAAUGAAUGGAUGUUGCUAAUUAAGUAAUUAGAUUAUAAACCGAGGAAGAAAUUAAAAAGAUGGCGCCCGACAACAACUGGCUCUCUUUCUCUCUCUCUUCAAUGGAAAUGCUCAACUCCUCUUCAUCUUCUUCUUCUCAUCACCCUAAUCAUUCCCACCAUUACUAUUCCUUCGGAGAUAACUUCUACACCACUGGGUGGCCGAGCCACAAAUCCGCCGCCGACGAUAUUCACUACAUGCAGCAGCAGCAGCAGCCACCGCCGAAGCUGGAGGAUUUCUUCGCCGCCGCCGGCGACUCGACGGAAACUCAAGAUUCCUCCCUGACCCACAUCUACGACCACCACCACCACGGCGCCGCCUACUUCGACGGAGGCGAGCAGCAAGAUCUGAAGAGCAUUAUUGGGUUCCAGGCCUUCUCCGCCAACUCGGCCUCCAACGUCGACGACUCGCCCUUCGCCGCCAAGACUCAGUCUCCGGUUGAGUCGGCCACCGAGUUGGCGCCCUACUCUCACUCCCCCGCCGCCGCUAAUAAUGGGUUGUCUCUCGACGUCAACAUUGACAACAACGGCAACACCAAUAAAGCUGUCGUGGCCGCGGAUUCCAAAAAAAUCGCCGAUACAUUUGGUCAGAGAACUUCGAUUUACAGAGGUGUCACUAGACAUAGAUGGACAGGGAGAUAUGAAGCGCAUCUAUGGGAUAACAGCUGUAGAAGAGAGGGCCAAGCAAGAAAAGGGCGUCAAGUUUAUCUUGGCGGAUACGAUAAGGAAGACAAGGCGGCACGUUCUUAUGAUUUGGCUGCUCUUAAGUACUGGGGUCCUACGGCUACUACUAAUUUCCCGAUGUCGAAUUACGCCAAAGAAGUGGAGGAGAUGAAGCAUAUGACUAAACAAGAGUUCAUAGCCUCACUAAGAAGGAAAAGCAGUGGCUUCUCAAGGGGAGCAUCAAUCUACAGAGGUGUUACAAGGCAUCAUCAACAAGGCCGAUGGCAAGCAAGAAUCGGCCGUGUUGCAGGGAACAAAGAUCUCUACCUCGGUACAUUUGCAACUGAAGAGGAGGCAGCAGAGGCGUACGACAUAGCGGCGAUCAAAUUCCGAGGGAUAAACGCGGUCACGAAUUUCGAGAUGAACCGCUAUGACGUCGAGGCGAUUGCAAAGAGCCCCCUCCCCAUUGGUGGGACCGCAAAGCGGCUGAAGCACUCCCUCGAGGGGGUCGACAAAGCAUUGCCUCUGGGCAGCAGCAGCAUGCUUCAAACUCCGUGCAACAGCAGCGGUGGCAGCAGCAUCAGUUUCGCUGCGAUCCAGCCAUCCUCGGGCAUCCCAUGUGGCGUGCCCUUGGACAACUCCACUCCGUACUACCACCACAACCUCUUCCACCACCUCUACCCCAACGAUCCGGUGGCCUCCGACACCUCCAGCUCGGUCUCCUCUCUGACUACACCGAUGAACAUGAUGCAGGCGCCGGGGGAGUACUUCGUCUGGCCUCACCACACCUAUUAACAUGCUAGCUACACUUAGCCAAAGAUACUGGUCUUCUUCUACUAAUGUUUAACCCAUAGUCCCUAUUCGAGGGGAUUCGUUGUCGACUAACCAUAGUGUCGCUCGCUCGUCCGACCUGAUAUAAACUCUUAGGAUUAUUAGUCUUGUGAACAAUGAAAUGGAAGGUUUUAGUUUCUAGGUAGAAGAUGGGAAUAUGUGGUGUAAGUAGCUUUGGUUGUUUAGAUGUAUGUUGAAUGAUGCAGGUAGCAGUUGGUGUGGAUUAAUUUUCAAUCAGUUUUCCACUGCCACUAUCUGCUCCUGCAAUCACUCAAAUUUUGCUGCAGUUUUUAGCACAUAUAUAUAAAAAUCACACAAAAUAUAUAUUCUCUAA